AUAAUAAAAAAUCGGAAGUGACGACAACGAAGCUCUACUCCAAAUUUAACACGGCACAAAAUGUCGACAGAAAAACCGAGCGCGCUGCGGUCUAUUAUAGCAGGCGCCACAGCCGGCGCAAUCGAGAUUGCUAUUACAUAUCCAGCCGAGUUCGCCAAGACAAGAACACAACUCAAUCGCAAAUUAACUGCCGGUGAGAAGCUCCCUUGGCCGCCCUUUGGCAAGCAGUGGUAUGCCGGUUGCACCACCUUGAUUAUCGGCAACUCUGCCAAAGCUGCCAUACGCUUCGUCUCUUUCGAACAGUAUAAGCGUCUCCUUGCCGACGAGAAUGGUAAGGUUUCUGGUCCUAGAAACGUCAUCGCCGGUUUCGGCGCCGGUGUCACUGAGUCUCUACUCGCCGUCACUCCCACCGAGUCUAUCAAGACGACCCUUAUAGACGAUCGCAAGUCGCCUAACCCACGCAUGCGCGGUUUCUUACACGCCGUCCCGAUCAUUGCGAGAGAACGAGGUAUUCGCGGCUUCUUCCAGGGCCUGGUACCCACAGCCGCGAGACAAUCGGCGAACAGUGCUGUGCGAUUCGGUUCUUAUACCACCCUUAAGCAGCUUGCCGAAUCAUAUACCGCGCCUGGGGAGAAGCUCGGGACGGUGGCUACCUUUGGCAUAGGGAGUGUAUCAGGCGCCAUAACCGUAGCUGUAACUCAGCCUCUCGACACGAUUAAGACUAGGAUGCAGAGCAUCGAGGCGAAACAGGUCUAUGGAAAUAGCGUCCGGUGCGCCGUCUUAAUCUUCAAGCAUGAAGGCAUCUUGACGUUUUGGAGCGGAGCCCUGCCAAGGCUGGCGCGGCUGGUCAUGAGCGGUGGCAUAGUCUUUACUAUGUAUGAAAAGAGCAUAGAGCUGAUGCGGACAUUGGACCCGGAAAACAAGUACAUAUAGACGUGGGAGAAAGAUUCUUCAUUUACCUAGACAGAUACCCGGCAACACAGGGAUACGUGAUUUGAUCAUGUCCCUUAUAUUAAAAUCGGAAAAUGGGGUAGGAAUUAGCUGUUGAAUAGUUUCAAGACUAGCAGCUGUGGUAUUAGUUGGUACAAGAGAACAAGAGAUGCACGCAGGCCUCGAAAAGAAUAAAAAGGGCCCGAACGAUACUAUUUGACCACCCAGUGAGAUUGUGCAAUAUCCGUGA